CUCAAUCUGCGUUACCACCAGCAACAGAGGUGGUGGGUUUGGGGAGAGAAAUUGCUAUUACUUUUUUUAUUUUCUGCUGUGGUUGUCAGAACUGUGUCGCCGGCUGUCACGGAGAACAAAGAAAAAGACACCCCUGUAUGGUUUGGGCACAUCAUAGGCGCCGUCUCUCCCGUUUCUUCUUCAUCUCUGCAUGCGUGUGCUGCAUCCCAGAAAGGCUAGCUAACAGAUAAUUCCAGCUACAUGGUAUCCAUGCAUCAAAGGAACCCGUAGCAUUCCCGGGGCUGGAGAAGCCUUGGCUUUAGCUCUGAUAGAGUACACAGUUUUUAUUCUCGUUGCGAGCACAAAGCCCUUGCAGCUCCGUUGCGCAUCGACAGAGCAUCGCCCAGGCACGGAAACAUUUCGCAGGCUGACUGGGAACUCUCGCUUGACAGGACCAAAAAGCGGUGGUGGAUGAGUUUUAUUUCGUUUAUCUUGUCUUUAUCUCUUUUAUGAAACAAUGUUUCGCGCCACAGCGAACACGCUGGCGGUUGGGUUGUUUUUCUUGGGAUUUUUGCACAGUUUGGAGGUAAUCGUUCCAGCCAGAGCCAUUGACGCCCCAAAGACGUGCAGUCCGAAGCAGUUUGUUUGUAAGGACCAGGUGACGUGCAUCUCCAAGGGCUGGCGCUGCGAUGGGGAGAAGGACUGCCCAGACGGCUCGGAUGAAUCGCUGGAUGUCUGUCCACACAGCCGUGUGUCGCGGUGCCCACCCAACGAGUACCAGUGUGGAGGGAUAGAGCUGUGUAUCCACAUGAGCAAACUAUGCAACGGAGUUCCGGACUGUACCGAUGGCUGGGACGAGGGGCCGCACUGCAGAGAAUUCGCUGCCAACUGCACUCUGUCGAGUUGCCAGGACAACUGUUCGGUGACUCCGUCGGGCACUGCGUGUUACUGUAAGAGUGGAUAUGAAAUAGGGCUGGACGGCAAAACAUGUAAAGAUUUUGACGAGUGCAGUGUGUACGGGACCUGCAGCCAGUCCUGUACCAACACAGAGGGCUCGUACACCUGCAGCUGUGUGGAGGGCUACCUGCCUCAGCCCGACAACCGCUCCUGCAAGGCCAAAAAUGUACCAGUAGAAAGGAACUCGGUGCUGCUGAUCGCCAACAGUCAGAACAUCCAGGCCACGUCUCUGAGCGGCACCACGAUCAGCCUGCUGUCCACCACCACCAAGCAGACCACCGCCAUGGACUUCCUCUACGCCCAGGAACAGGUCUGCUGGAUCCACGUUGGCGAUUCGUCGGCCUCCACCCACCUCAAGUGUGCCAAGAUCCCCAACCUCAAGAACUUCGCUGACGAGAGGGUCAUCAACAUCUCCCUCAGCCUGCACCAUGUGGAGCAGAUGGCUAUUGACUGGCUGACCGGAAACUUCUACUUUGUGGAUGACGUGGACGACCGGAUCUUUGUGUGUGACAAGGACGGUCAGACGUGUGUCACCCUGCUGGACCAGGAGCUGUACAACCCCAAGGGCAUCGCCCUGGACCCCACUAUGGGUAAAGUGUUCUUCACAGACUACGGUCAGAUCCCCAAGGUGGAACGUUGUGACAUGGAUGGUCAGAACCGGACUAAGCUGGUGGACAGUAAGAUUGUGUUCCCCCACGGUAUCACCCUGGACCUGGUCAGCAGGCUGGUCUACUGGGCUGAUGCAUACCUGGACUACAUAGAGGUGGUGGACUACGAAGGAAAGAACAGACACACCAUCAUACAGGGCCUGCUGAUUGAGCACCUGUAUGGUCUGACAGUGUUUGAGAACUACCUGUAUGCCACUAACUCGGACAACGCCAACAUGCAGCCUAAGACCAGUGUGAUCCGAGUGAACCGCUUCAACAGCUCUGACUACCAGGUGGUGACCCGCGUCGACAAGGGAGGAGCCCUGCACGUCUACCACCAGAGACGCCAGCCCCCAGUGCGUAGCCAUGCAUGUGAGCCAGAUCAGUUUGGGAAGGCGGGAGGCUGCUCUGAUAUUUGUCUGCUGGGGAACAGCCAUAAGACCCGCACCUGCCGCUGUCGCUCCGGCUUCAGCCUGGGGAGUGACGGGAAGUCCUGCAAGAAGCCGGAGCAUGAGCUGUUUCUGGUGUACGGUAAAGGUCGUCCAGGGGUCAUCAGAGGGAUGGACAUGAAUGCUAAGGUCCCAGAUGAGUACAUGAUCCCUAUAGAGAACCUGAUGAACCCCAGAGCCCUGGACUUCCACUCAGAGAGUGACUUCAUAUAUUUUGCCGACGCCACCAGCUACCUCAUCGGCCGCCAGAAGAUCGACGGUACAGAAAGGGACACCAUUCUGAAGGAAGGGAUCCAUACAGUCGAGGGUAUAGCGGUGGACUGGAUGGCUGAUAACCUGUACUGGACAGAUGAUGGGCCCAAGAAGACCAUCAGUGUGGCCAGGCUGGAGAAGGCUUCCCAGACUCGCAAGACUCUCAUCGAUGGCAAGAUGACCCACCCCCGCGCCAUCGUAGUGGAUCCCCUGCAUGGGUGGAUGUACUGGACUGACUGGGAGGAAGAUCCUAAGGAGAGUAAAAGAGGGAAGAUAGAGCGGGCCUGGAUGGAUGGUUCUAACAGGAACGUGUUCCUGACCAGUAAGACAGUCUUGUGGCCCAAUGGUCUGAGUCUGGACAUCCCACAGGGCAUUCUGUACUGGGUGGACGCAUACUAUGACCGCAUCGAGAUGGUCUACAUUAACAACACUGAACGCAAGACGGUAUAUGAGGGUCAGGAGUUGAACCACGCCUUUGGCCUGUGUCACUACAAACACUUCCUGUUCUGGAACGAGUACCGCAGCGGCAGCAUCUACAAACUGGACCAGGUCACCAGGACCGUCACCCUGCUCCGCAACGAACGGCCGCCCAUCUUCGAGAUCCGCAUGUAUGACGCCCAGCAGCAGCAAGGUUCUAAUGCAUGUCGUGUGAAUAACGGUGGCUGCAGUAGUCUGUGUCUGGCCAUCCCUGAUGGGAGACAGUGUGCCUGUGCAGAGGACCAGCUACUAGAUGACAAAGAUAACACCAGCUGUAAAGUCAACCCCACCUACAUCCCUCCUCCUCAGUGUCAGCCAGGGGAGUUUGCCUGUAAGAACAACCGCUGUAUCCAGGAGCGAUGGAAGUGUGACGGUGACAAUGACUGUCUGGACAACAGCGAUGAGGCCCCCGAGCUCUGCCACCAGCACACCUGUCCGACCGACAGGUUUAAGUGUCAGAACAACCGCUGUAUCCCUCUGCGCUGGCUGUGUGACGGAGACAACGACUGUGGCAAUGACGAGGAUGAGUCUAACACCACCUGCUCUGCACGCACCUGCCCCCCCAACCAGUACUCGUGUGCCAGCGGUCGCUGUAUCCCCAUCUCCUGGACAUGUGACCUGGACGAUGACUGUGGGGACCGCUCUGACGAGCCUGCGUCAUGUGCCUACCCCACCUGUUUCCCCCUCACCCAGUUCACCUGCAAUAACGGACGUUGCAUCAACAUCAACUGGCGCUGUGACAAUGAAAAGGAUUGUGGGGACGGCUCUGAUGAGUUGAAUUGUCCGAACCCGACCGAUAAUGAUUGUGGGGACAACAGUGACGAGGCAGGCUGCAGCCAUUCCUGCUCCAGCGCCCAGUUCAAGUGUAACAGCGGCCGCUGCAUCCCGGACUACUGGACCUGCGACGGGGACAACGACUGUGGAGACUACAGCGACGAGACUCACGCCAACUGCACCAAUCAGGCCACGCGUCCCCCUGGCGGAUGUCACACGGAUGAGUUCCAGUGUCGUAUGGACGGUCUGUGCAUCCCUAUGCGCUGGCGCUGCGACGGGGACACAGAUUGCAUGGACCUGAGCGAUGAGAAGAACUGCGAAGGUGUCACACACAUGUGUGACCCCGCCGUCAAGUUUGGUUGUAGAGACUCUGCCCGCUGUAUCAGUAAGGCCUGGGUGUGUGACGGGGACAGUGACUGUGAGGACAACUCAGACGAGGACAACUGUGAGGCGUUGGUGUGUAAGCUCUCCCACCAUGUGUGUGCCAACGACUCCACCAUCUGUCUGCCUGCUGAGAAGCUGUGUGACGGCACAGAUGACUGCCCCGACGGCUCUGACGAGAAACUCUGUGACCUGUGCUCGCUGGAUAACGGCGACUGCAGCCAUAACUGUACAGUAGCCCCCGGGGAGGGCGUGGUGUGUUCCUGCCCCCUGGGCAUGGAGCUGGACUCCAACAACAAGACCUGUCAGAUCCAGAGUUUCUGCGCCAAACACCUCAAGUGUAGCCAGCGCUGUGAGCAGGACAAGUUCAGUGUCAAGUGUUCCUGCUAUGAGGGUUGGGAGCUGGAGCCUGAUCAGGAGAACUGCAAGAGCACUGAUCCCUUCAAGCCCUUCAUCAUCUUCUCCAACCGCCAUGAGAUCCGACGUAUCGACCUGAACAAGGGAGAGUUCAGCGUGCUGGUGCCUGGCCUGAGGAACACCAUCGCCCUGGACUUCCACCUCGCCGAGAAUGCUCUCUACUGGACCGACGUGGUGGAGGACAAGAUCUACCGCGGCAAACUGUCCGAGAACGGAGCUCUGACUAGUUUUGACGUGGUGAUCCAGUAUGGCCUGGCCACUCCAGAGGGUCUGGCGGUGGACUGGAUAGCAGGGAACAUCUACUGGGUGGAGAGUAACCUGGACCAGAUAGAAGUGGCCAAGCUGGACGGAACCAUGAGGACCACUCUGCUGGCUGGGGAGGUGGAGCACCCUCGGGCCAUCGCCCUGGACCCCCGCUACGGGAUUCUGUUUUGGACGGACUGGGAUGCCAGUAUGCCAAGGAUCGAGGCAGCUUCCAUGAGUGGCGAGGGAAGGAGGACCAUCCAUAAGGAGACAGGAAAUGGGGGCUGGCCCAACGGACUCACUGUAGACUACCUGGAGCUACGCAUCCUGUGGAUCGACGCCAGGUCUGAUGCUAUUUACUCAGCCAAAUACGAUGGUUCUGGCCUGAUCGAGGUGCUGAGGGGACACGAAUACCUGUCACACCCAUUCGCAGUCACUAUGUACGGGGGAGAGGUUUACUGGACGGACUGGAGGACCAACACGCUGGCCAAGGCUAAUAAGUGGACCGGUAACAAUGUAACCGUGGUCCAGAGAACCAACACACAACCUUUUGACCUGCAGGUCUACCAUCCUUCCAGACAGCCCCAAGCUCCUAAUCCGUGUGCAGCUAACAAUGGCACAGGUCCCUGUUCUCACCUGUGUCUCAUCAACUACAACCAGACCUUCUCCUGUGCCUGCCCUCAUCUCAUGAAGCUGGGAGCCGACAAACACACUUGCUAUGAGUCCCGUCAGUUCCUGCUGUAUGCACGUCAGAUAGAGAUCAGGGGAGUGGACAUAGACAACCCCUACUAUAACUACAUCAUCUCCUUCACCGUGCCAGACAUAGACAACGUGACCGUGGUGGACUAUGAUGCCGUGGAGCACCGGAUCUACUGGUCAGACGUCCGAACCCAGACCAUCAAGAGAGCCUUCAUCAACGGCACCGGAGUGGAGACCGUGGUAUCUGCUGACCUGCCCAACGCCCAUGGUCUGGCAGUAGACUGGGUGUCUAGGAACCUGUUCUGGACUAGCUAUGAUGCCAAUAAGAAGCAGAUCAAUGUGGCCAGACUGGAUGGAUCAUUUAAGAACGCUGUCAUCCAGGGCCUGGAUAAACCUCACUGUCUGGUGCUGCACCCCAUACUGGGGAAGCUGUACUGGACAGAUGGAGACAACAUCAGCAUGGCAAACACAGACGGCAGCAACCGCAGUGUCCUCUUCACCAAUCAGAAAGGCCCAGUGGGUCUGUCCAUAGACUUUGACACAGAGCAGUUGUACUGGGUCAGCUCAGGGAACAGCACCAUCAGCCGCUGUAAGCUGGAUGGUUCGGGUCUGGAGGUUCUGGAGGGGGUCAAGGGCAAACUGACCAAGGCCACAGCUCUGGCCAUCAUGGGGGAGAAGCUAUGGUGGGCGGACCAGGGGACUGACCAGAUAGGAACCUGCGACAAGCGUGACGGCGGGAACUGGAAGGUCCUGAGAAACAGCACCUCAGCUAUGAUGCACUUGAAGAUCUACAACGAGACCGUGCAGAAAGGCACCAAUCUGUGCAGUAAUAGCAAUGGAGACUGUUCCCAGCUGUGCCUGCCCACCUCCCCCACCACACGAGCCUGUAUGUGUACCGCUGGAUACAGCCUCAGGAGUGGACAACAGUCCUGCGAGGGAGUGGGCUCCUUCCUGCUUUACUCUGUUCAUGAGGGCAUCCGUGGCAUUCCCCUGGAUCCCUCGGACAAGUCAGACGCUCUGGUGCCAGUGUCAGGCACCUCCCUGGCUGUGGGAAUAGACUUCCAUGCAGACAAUGAUACGAUCUACUGGGUGGACAUGGGCCUAAGCACCAUCAGCAGAGCUAAGAGAGACCAGACCUGGAGAGAAGAUGUGGUCACUAACGGCAUCGGCAGAGUGGAGGGCAUCGCUGUGGACUGGAUCGCUGGGAACAUCUACUGGACUGACCAGGGCUUUGAUGUGAUUGAGGUGGCCAGACUCAACGGCUCCUUCCGCUACGUGGUCAUCUCCCAGGGCCUGGACAAGCCCCGCGCCAUCACUGUCCACCCAGAAAAAGGGUACCUGUUCUGGACAGAGUGGGGUCAGUACCCACGGAUCGAGAGGUCUCGUCUGGACGGGUCUCAGAGAGCUGUACUAGUCAACGUCAGCAUCAGCUGGCCUAAUGGCAUCUCCAUAGACUACCGGGAGGGUCUUCUGUACUGGUGUGACGCUCGUACAGACAAGAUAGAGCGUAUCAACCUGGAGACUGGAGAGAACAGAGAGGUGGUGCUGGCUAACAACAACAUGGACAUGUUCUCUGUCUCUGUGUUUGAGAAAUACAUCUAUUGGAGUGACAGGACUCAUGCCAAUGGCUCCAUAAAGAGGGGCAGCAAAGACAACGCUACAGAUUCUGUGCCUCUGCGCACUGGCAUCGGAGUACAGCUCAAAGACAUCAAAGUGUUCAACCGGGCCAGGCAGCAAGGAACGAAUGUGUGUAAGGAUAACAACGGCGGCUGCCAGCAACUGUGUCUUUUCCGUGGCAACGCAGAACGUACAUGUGCCUGUGCUCACGGCAUGUUGGCCGAGGACGGACGGGGUUGCCGUGACUACGACGGCUACCUACUCUACUCAGAACGGACCAUUCUAAAGAGCGUUCACCUAUCGGAUGAAGAGAACCUAAACGCUCCUAUAAAACCAUUUGAGGAUCCUGAACACAUGAAGAACGUUAUAGCUCUGACGUUUGACUACCGUGGAGGAGGAGGGAAAGGAGCCAAUCGCAUCUUCUUUAGUGACAUUCACUUUGGAAACAUCCAGCAGAUCAAUGAUGAUGGCUCUGACCGCAAGACACUGGUGGAAAAUGUGGGUUCGGUAGAGGGCCUGGCGUACCACCGUGGCUGGGACACUUUGUACUGGACCAGCUAUACCACCUCCACUAUCACCCGCCACACGGUCAACCAGAGCCGCUGGGGUGCCUGGGACCGUGACACCGUGGUCAGCAUGUCUGGAGACGACCACCCCCGGGCCUUCGUACUGGACGAGUGUCAGGACCUGAUGUUCUGGACCAACUGGAAUGAACAGUCCCCCAGUAUCAUGCGUGCCACCCUGUCUGGUAACAAUGUACUGGUGAUCAUCGGCAGUGACAUCCGCACCCCCAACGGCCUGGCCAUAGACCACCGCGCUGAGAAACUCUAUUUCUCCGACGCCACCCUGGACAAGAUCGAACGUUGCGAGUACGAUGGCAGCCGCCGCUACGUGGUGUUGAAGAAUGAGCCAGUCCAUCCGUUUGGCCUGGCGGUGUAUGGAGACUACAUCUUCUGGACCGAUUGGGUCCGCAGGGCUGUCCUCAGGGCCGACAAGUAUGUGGGCGGAGACAUGAAACUCCUCAGAGCCGACAUCCCCCAGCAGCCAAUGGGCAUUGUCGCUGUGGCCAACGACACUAAUAGCUGCGAGUUCUCUCUGUGUCGGGUGAACAACGGAGGUUGUCAGGACCUGUGUCUUCUGACCUCAGAGGGCAGGGUCAACUGUACUUGCCGUGGCGAUGGCGAAAGGAAACUGCUGGAGGACAACACCUGCAUCGCCCUAAACACCACGUGCAGCAGUGUAGAUGAGUUUGAGUGUGGGAAUGGAGACUGUGUGAACUACACUCUGACCUGUGACGGCAUGGCCCACUGCAAGGACAAGUCAGACGAGAAACAGUCCUACUGCGCCAACCGGGUGUGUAAGAAGGGCUACAGGCGGUGUGUGAACGGCAGGUGUGUGGGACACAGCUCCUGGUGUAACGGACAGGACGAUUGUGGGGACAACUCAGACGAACUCUUCUGCAACACCACCUUGUGCACGGCAGAGCAGCUCCAGUGCAGAGACGGUGGCUGCACCACCAACUCCAGCAAGUGUAACCAGAUUGUAGACUGCGAGGACGCCAGCGACGAGAUGAACUGCUCUACUGACUGUUCCAGCUACUUCCGGCUGGGGGUGAAGGGUGUGACCUUCCAGAAGUGUGAGUUCACCAGCCUCUGCUACGCAUCCUCCUGGGUGUGUGACGGAGCCAAUGACUGUGGAGACUACUCCGACGAGAGGAACUGCCCAGACCGGAGGAAGACCAAGUGUCCUGCUUCAUUCUUUGCGUGUCCUAGUGGUCGCUGUAUCCCUAUGAGCUGGACCUGCGACAAGGAGAACGACUGUGAGAACGGAGCUGACGAGACACACUGUGAUAAGUUCUGCUCGGCCAGCCAGUUUGAAUGCGGCAACCACCGCUGUAUCCCCAACCGUUGGGUGUGUGACGGCGCUGACGACUGUGGUGAUGGGACUGACGAGGGCAGCAAGUGCAAGAAUAAGACGUGUAGUCCACAUGCCUUCCAGUGUCCUGGCUCUCAUGUGUGUGUUCCCCAGCACUGGAAGUGUGACGGGGACAAGGACUGUCCUGACGGAGUGGAUGAGAGUGUCAAGGCUGGAUGUGUGUUCAACAACACCUGUGAUGAGAAUGAGUUCAUGUGUCAGAACAAACAGUGCAUCCCCAAGCACUUUGUGUGUGAUCAUGACAAAGACUGCAGUGACGGCUCUGACGAGUCCCUGGAGUGUGAGUACCCUACGUGUGGAUCCAAUGAGUUCCGCUGUGCCAACGGGCGCUGCCUCAUCCAGAGCUCCUGGGAGUGUGACGGAGAGUUCGACUGUCACGACCGCUCUGAUGAAGCCCCCAAGAACCCCCACUGCAACGGCCCAGAGAAGAAAUGUAACGACACAGUGUACGCUUGCGGCAACGGGAACUGUGUCAACGAGACGCUGCUGUGUGACCGGAACGAUGACUGCGGUGACGGCACUGACGAGCUCAACUGCUUCAUCAAUGAGUGUCUGAACAGCAAGCUCAGCGGCUGCUCUCAGCUCUGUGAGGACCUCAAGAUAGGCUUCAAGUGCAGAUGCCACCCUGGCUUCCGUCUGAAGGAUGAUGGGAAGACGUGCGUGGACAUAGACGAGUGUACGACCAGCUACCCCUGCACGCAGCGCUGCAUCAACACCCACGGAUCCUUCCACUGUCUCUGUGUGGAGGGCUUCCAGCUCAGCCCCAGUGACCCCACUAUCUGCAAGUCCACCUCUGAGGAGGAGCCCUUCCUGAUCUUUGCCAACCGUUACUACCUAAGGAAACUCAACCUUGAUGGUUCCAACUACACCCUGCUCAAACAGGGCCUGAACAACGCGGUGGCGCUGGACUUUGACUAUAGACAGCAGAUGAUCUACUGGACAGACGUGACCACUCAGGGCAGCAUGAUCCGACGCAUGCACAUCAACGGCAGCGACGUACAGGUCCUUCACCGCACAUCUCUUAGCAACCCUGAUGGUCUGGCUGUUGAUUGGGUGGGAGGGAACCUGUACUGGUGUGACAAGGGGCGGGACACCAUCGAGGUGUCUAAGCUGACUGGGGCCUACCGGACAGUCCUGGUCAACACCGGUCUGAGGGAACCACGCGCUGUGGCGGUCGACGUACGAAACGGGUACCUGUACUGGUCAGACUGGGGUGACAACCCCCACAUAGGGAGGAUAGGGAUGGACGGCUCCAACAGGACUGUUAUUGUAGAGGACAGGAUCACCUGGCCCAAUGGCCUCACUCUGGACUUCAUCAACGACCGCAUCUACUGGGCUGAUGCCAGAGAGGACUACAUUGAGUUUGCCAGCCUGGACGGAACCAACCGACACACUGUGCUAAGCCAGGACAUCCCCCACAUCUUUGCCAUGACUCUGUUUGAGGAGUACAUCUACUGGACUGACUGGGAGACCAAGUCCAUCAACAGGUGUCACAAGACCCAGGGCACCAAUAAGACCAUGCUGAUCAGCACGCUCCACCGGCCCAUGGACGUCCACAUCUACCACCCUUACCGCCAGCCAGAGGGUAUGAUGGCCAACCACCCGUGUCAGACCAAUAACGGAGGAUGCAGUAACCUGUGCCUGCUGUCGCCUGGAGGGGGGUACAAGUGUGCCUGUCCUACUAACUUUUACCUGGCCAGUGACGGGAGACGGUGUAUGUCCAACUGCACCGCCAGCCAGUUUGUGUGCAAGAAUGACAAGUGCAUUCCGUUCUGGUGGAAGUGUGACACAGAGGAUGAUUGUGGGGACCGAUCAGACGAGCCUGCGGAAUGCCCUGAGUUCAAGUGCAGGCCCGGCCAGUUCCAGUGUGGUACAGGCAUCUGUACCAACCCAGCCUACAUCUGUGACGGAGACAACGACUGCCAGGACAACUCUGACGAGGCCAACUGUGACAUCCACGUGUGUCUGCCCAGUCAGUUUAAGUGUAGCCACCCCAGCCGCUGUAUCCCUGGGAUCUUCCGCUGUAACGGCCAGGACAACUGUGGAGAGGGAGAGGACGAGAAAGACUGCCCGGAGGUGACGUGUGCCCCUAACCAGUUCCAGUGUGCCAUCACCAAGCGCUGUAUCCCCCGUGUCUGGGUGUGUGACAGGGACAACGACUGUGUGGACGGAUCCGACGAGCCUGCCAACUGCACCCAGAUGACGUGUGGCGUGGAUGAGUUCCGCUGCAAGGACUCUGGUCGCUGCAUCCCGGCCCGGUGGAAGUGUGACGGAGAGGACGACUGUGGGGACGCAUCAGACGAACCCAAGGAGGAGUGUGAUGAAAGGACAUGUGAGCCGUACCAGUUCCGCUGUAAGAACAACCGUUGUGUCCCGGGUCGCUGGCAAUGUGACUAUGACAACGACUGUGGAGACAACUCCGAUGAGGACAAGUGUGUGCCUAGGCAGUGUUCAGAGAGUGAGUUUUCCUGUACCAACGGUCGCUGCAUCGCUGGGAGGUGGAAGUGUGAUGGAGACCAUGACUGUGCUGAUGGAUCAGACGAGAAUGGCUGUGAUGUGAAGUGUGACAGUGAUCAGUUCCAGUGUAAGAAUGGCCACUGUAUCCCCAUCCGCUGGCGCUGUGACGCCGACCCUGACUGUAUGGACAGCAGUGACGAGGAGAAGUGUGACAGCGGAGUGGGUAGACACUGCCCCCUGGAUGAGUUCCAGUGUAACAACACUCUGUGUAAGCCCCUGGCCUGGAAGUGUGACGGAGAGGACGACUGUGGAGACAACUCUGAUGAGAACCCAGAGGAGUGCACUAAAUUCCAGUGCCCACCCAGAAGACAGUUCCGCUGCCACAACGACCGCGUCUGCCUGCCGAUAGCCAGGCACUGUGACGGUGUUGAUAACUGCGGGGACAACAGUGAUGAGCUCAACUGCCAGACUCCUCCUACCACGCCAGUCUGUCAGAAGGAUGAGUUCCAGUGCUCCAACGGCCGCUGCAUCAGCUCCAACCUGCGCUGUGACUACUUUAACAACUGUGAGGACUACGGCUCUGACGAGAUCGGCUGCAACAAGAAAGACUCUUCCCUGAAUGACUGCCGCAAUAACAGGACAGUGUGUGGUGACGGUGAUGAGGCCCACUGUGUGGUGAACGGCACUGAGGCCUUCUGCUCCUGCAAACCUGGCUUCAAGACCACAGGCAACAACCGAUGUGAAGAUAAGAAUGAGUGUAAGCAGUUUGGAGUGUGUUCCCACAUCUGCAACAACACCAAGGGCUCCCACAAGUGCAGCUGCCACAAGUACUUCACCAGGAUCAACGACACCUGCAAGGUUGACGGCUUGAGACAGGUGCUCUACAUCGCCGACGACAACGAGAUCCGCAGCCUGGACCCUGGCAUGCCCAACUGGCGCUACGAGCAGACCUUCCAGGGCGACGCCAACGUGCGCAUCGAUGCCAUGGACCUGCACGUCAAGACCAACCGCAUCUACUGGACCAACUGGCACACGGGCAGAAUCUCUUCCUACGAGCUGCCAUCCUCAUCCUCGUCACCGAACGGCAACAACAACCGCCACCGUCGUCAGAGCGACUCCCGCGUCGCCAACCUGGAGAUCCCCGGUCUGAAGAUGCCCCGUGGCAUCGCCGUGGACUGGGUGGCAGGGAACAUCUAUUGGACGGACUCUGGUCGAGAUGUGAUCGAGGUGGCCCAGAUAUCAGGCCAACACCGCAAAACCCUCAUCUCCGGCAUGAUUGACGAGCCCUACGCCAUCGUAGUGGACCCCCAGAGAGGGACCAUGUACUGGGCUGACUGGGGAAACCACCCAAAGAUUGAGACUGCUGCCAUGGAUGGAACCAUGAGAGAGACACUGGUACAGGACAACAUCCAGUGGCCCACAGGCCUGGCUGUGGACUACUUUAACGAGCGUCUGUACUGGGCCGAUGCUAAGCUGUCAGUGAUUGGCAGUGUGAGGCUGAAUGGCAGCGACCCGGUGGUGGCUGUGACCAGCAUUAAGAACAAGCUCCACCACCCGUUCAGUAUUGAUGUGUUUGAGGACUACAUCUAUGGCGUCACCUACAUAAACAACUUUGUGUUCCGGGUCAACAAGUAUGGCAAAGGCCCCAUGGAGAACCUGACUACAGGAAUGAACCACGCCACGGACAUUGUACUCUACCACCGCAACAAACAGCCUGAGAUGACCAACCCAUGUGACAGGAAGAAGUGUGAGUGGUUGUGUCUGCUCAGCCCUAGUGGUCCAGUCUGUACCUGUCCCAACGGACGCACCCUGGACAACGGAACCUGUGUGGAGCUCCCUACUCCUACACUCUCCCCUAUCUCUCCUCCCAGUGGUACGUGUAAUGUCCAGUGUCUGAACGGAGGCAGUUGUUUCCUCAACGCCAGGAAGCAGCCCAAGUGUCGCUGCCAGCCCAACUUCGGAGGAGACAAGUGUGAGGUGGACCAGUGCAGGGACUACUGCCAGAAUGGAGGCACCUGCACGGCCUCUCCUACAGGCUCCCCUACGUGUCGCUGUCUGACAGGGUUCACUGGUCCUAACUGUAACCUCCAAACCUGUAAGAACUACUGUCAGAACGAAGGGAAUUGCACGGUCAGUGCUGGCAACCAGCCCACAUGCCGCUGCCCUGCUGACUUCCUGGGGGACCAGUGCCAGUACCGUAGCUGCGAGGGCCACUGUUUGAACAGGGGCACAUGUCUGCAAAGUACCAGCGGGGCGCGCCAGUGUCGCUGUCUGCCCCAGUACAGCGGCAGCACCUGUGAGGUGGACAAGUGUCACUACUGUCGCGACGGCAAGUGUAUCCCCACCAACUCCUUCCAGCCCACAGGAGAGGUCACCUGCGUCUGCACCAACGGUAGAGUCCAACCCAGCUGCUACACGUGUGAUGAGUACUGUGCUAAUGGCCAGUGCUCUGUCAACCAACACACACACCUACCAGAGUGCACGUGUUCUGCAGGCUGGGUGGGGCAUCGUUGUGAGGUGGUGGCCUCUAGUGUAGACUCCUCAGAGUCUGGUGGACGUACUGCCUCCAUAGUGGUCCUAAUGCUGCUACUGCUGUUGUUGAUUCUGUUGGUGGGAGGAGCGGUGUUCUGGUACAGAAAGAGGAUGAGGGGGACCAAGGGCUUCCAGCACCAGAGGAUGACCAACGGAGCCAUGAAUGUGGAGAUAGGAAACCCAGCAUACAAGAUCUACGAGGGCGAGCCAGACGACGAUGCCGGGGAGCUUCUAGACUCAGACUUCACACUGGACCCAGACAAGGUAACACACACGCCCACCAACUUCACCAACCCAGUGUAUGCCACCCUGUACAUGGGAGCCCACAAUAGCCGCAAUUCCCUGGCCAGCACGGAUGAGAAGAAGGAGCUUCUGUCACGGGGGGAUGAGGAGCCCCUGGUGGACCCGCUGGCAUAGAAUGUCCAUUAGCCUGGGGUGUACCAUUCCAAACACACCCCUCUUUUUGCCUUUUAAAGAAAAAAAUGAAGAAAAAAAAGCUAUUAAAAAGCCUGAACACUGUAUAAAAUGUACAAAAAUGAAGGACUACUUUUGUAUGUGAUUGCAGUAUUAUAUUUUGUUCUUUUACGAUUCCUCUGGUCAAAAAUUAACAAAAGCGUUUUCUAUAAGAUAUUUUUUAUUUACUUUUUGUCCCUUCCCCUUUACCUAAAUAGCCACUACCUCUGUGCAAAAUGAAAUGGAAAAAGAAAAUUAGAAGUUAAAACAUAAUCAUUGGACAAUUUUUAUUUUUGUAUGAAUUGUAUAGAGAAAAAAACAUUGUUCCAUGUCACCAGUGCCAACUCUGUUCAUGUUGACUUCGAGCGGGGGGAAGCUAACUCAAAGUUUUGUAAGUUGAUACCAAUGUUGUCUUGAUGACAGUUUUGUCUGCGGGAGUGCGAAAGACAGGAAUAAUAUAGCACGAUUUGUGUACAGCACGUGUAAAAUGUCAAAAUCGGAUGGCAACUUCAGUAUUUCCAUAUUAUUUUCUCAGAGAACAAUCUUCAUGAAAUUGUUUUCUUCCUUGCACAAAUGUAAUGUUUUACGGUGUAUAUACCGUAAGAUGUAACACAGGUCAAUAUAUGUUUGUUUCUAGCAUAUUCUAACGGUGUGUAGGGCUUGUGAUGAUAAAGUAGCCUAGUGUUGAAGCGACUGAGGAGUGACUGACUAAUCUCUGGUGAUGAUGUUGAAAAUGUGUUCAGCAUUCUAUGCUUGUGAAUGCUUCUAUGUGGUGGGAAGUGUGCCCAGUGGCCAUAUCACAGCACGUCAGAGCAUUCUAAUGAAGGGAUGGACAAGAGAACCUGUGACAGUGUGACACCUUUACUGAGAAGAACGUCACCCGUUGGUCUGCACCCCUUCAGUGGACUGUGGUGCCAGAGGCAGAGAAAAGAGAUGGGGAAAACAUUUGGUCUGUUUUUUUUCCCCUGCAGCAUUUCUUUAUUUGGUUUCUGGCCUAGAGACUGGCUGUCUGUCAGACUGUACAGAUGAAUCCUUCUAACCUUGAGAUCUGUGCUUUUAUGGUUUUGGAACAGAUCCCUCUGAAGUGCAUUCAUUCCUUUCUCUUGCAUAGCUUGCAUAGCAUUUCCCUCUGUUUUUCCUUUAGCCAUUCCUGAUCAUCUCUUGGUCUCCUGUACCCUGUUGCUGGCGCUGCCAUUUUGGUCGCUCCGAUGUGUCUUUAAGCUCGGCCGCUGUCCCAAAAUGCUGUUUCUGUCAGGUGAUCAGCAAUAUUUUAAUGCAUGUGAAAAAACACAUUCAAGUAACUAGAAUAACAAAUCCUUAUUUUGCUUAACUGUCAGCAAGUGUAAGUUUUGAUUUAUGCUGUCGCAUUUUUUCUUUUUCUUUUAAAAGGAGAGAAGUACAAUCAUUUUACUUAAAGAACAUUUUUGCAAAAUCAUAAAUGCAUUUUGGGAUUUAAGUUGUUUUUGAUUAAUCCUUGUUUUAUAAUGAAAAAUUACACUUUUAUAGUACAAAAUGCAUGGAGGUUCAAACUUUCUUCUGGAAAGAAAAUAAAAAUAAUGUUAACAUUUUUGCUGGAGUACUUUACAGAAUAAAUAAGAUUGUUAUAAAUAAAAUUAAGAACUGUACAGAAAACAA